UCCAAGUGAAUUUAAUUAACUGCAGCGAUAGGGAAACACCAACAAGGCUCUUGCUGUUUCGAAGCUGGUUAGUUGAUCAUCAAGACUACUACCUGUUUUUAAUCCAACGCAAUCUCUUACCGAUUUUAACGAGAUUACCGGAAAAGCAUUUACUGCUUUCUAACAAUCUUGUUCGCUUCGUAGCGGUUGUAUAUAUAUUUACGGCUGUGUUUUGCAAGUGUAUUUUAAUAAAAUCUCCGGAUUUGUCGAUCGACUAAGGGCGCAUGAUGCGCUAUUUUCCAACGGUCAUCCGAUUCCCCUGGGAAUCCCCGCAUCCCGUCAAACACCCAUCUUUUCUGCACACAAAUGGCGCUGCGGAUGCCCAGCGCAGCGUGGCGGAAGAUGUCCACACCGCGUACGGUCCGCUGCACGGCGGCCACAUCGCCCUGAUCGUCAUCGGCCUGAUCGCCUCCCUGUGUGUUGUACUGUGCGUGGUGUGUUCGCGACGGGGUCGCACGAUGGCGUCGCGUUCGUCUAAAAGCCUGGCGUUAGCCGGCGACCAGACAAAGACGACUAUCGUGGACGAGGAAGCGGAUGAGCCCGCUCGCCGGAACUCCACGGCAUCCUCCGAAACCGGGAUCAACUUUAACGUGUAAUACACGUUGUGGACAACGCUUCGAUUAAUCGAUUAGUCCGCAGUAAAACUGAUACAAUUAAAAAUUAUUGUAAUUAAUAAUAAAUAUAUUCUGUGUAAAAAGGAUUUAUGAUGUUUCGGUUCGAAGAAUUCUUUAAAAUGGCGGCUGUUGAUUUUUAUACCCUUGUAACACUAGUUUUAUUUCUCUUUGUAUCAAAAGUUGUGAGUAACUUGCACAGCAAAAACUUAACAUUUGCAACAGCUGAAUACAAAUUAAAACCGGGCAUUUUU